GGAAGGGGGAGCUAGGCGGCUAGUCCUGUUCCUUCUGCUUUGCCGGGUGGCGGUCGCGGGAGGGAAGGCUGGCUGCGUGGGGACUGCUGGCCAGCGCCUCACCUGUGCUGCGCCCCGGGCUCGCGCUUUCCUUUCACUUUCUCAGGUCGCCAACCCCCGACACCUGGGGACCCAGCGACAGCUUCCACCGCAGCCCCGGUGAGGCGGGAGGAGGAAAGGCACACGGAGGACGGAAAGGGAAAAAACUAGGAGCAUAAAGUAAACAUUACCUGCGAGCAGAGGUGAGAGAGCGAGCCAGGUCCGUUCUAGGUGGCAGGAGCCAUGCAAUUCUCCAGCUCAUCCAGAGCAGCAGAUGAGAAUUUUGACUAUUUGUUCAAGAUUAUCCUCAUUGGGGACUCCAACGUGGGGAAGACGUGUGUGGUUCAGCAUUUCAAAUCUGGGGUCUACACAGAGACACAGCAGAACACGAUUGGGGUGGACUUCACUGUGCGCUCCCUUGAGAUUGAUGGCAAGAAAGUAAAGAUGCAAGUGUGGGACACCGCAGGUCAGGAGCGCUUCCGGACCAUCACUCAAAGCUACUACCGCAGUGCCCACGCGGCCAUCAUCGCCUACGACCUCACCCGACGGUCGACCUUCGAGUCUGUUCCUCACUGGAUCCACGAGAUAGAAAAAUACGGAGCGGCAAACUUGGUCAUUAUGCUGAUUGGGAACAAAUGUGACCUGUGGGAAAAGCGGCACGUCCUGUUUGAGGAUGCCUGCACCCUGGCUGAGAAAUACGGCCUCCUUGCUGUGUUAGAGACAUCUGCCAAGGAGUCUAAGAACGUAGACGAGGUCUUCACGCUGAUGGCCAGGGAGCUGAUCGCCCGCAACAGCCUGCACUUACUUGGGGAGCGCACCCUGGACAGCCCGGCCCUGGAUUCCAGGCCCGUCGUCCUGGCCCAGGGCCCGAAGGAGAAGACCCACUGCAUGUGCUGAAUAUGUUCACGAGGCCGGUUGCACCCACCGGUGCCGCCUCUGACACCCAAGGCAGCCGGAUACCCUGCUGUCCACCACCUUGCAUCUCAGACCAAAGCCCAGACUUGCGCUGGUCCUUAAACCCUUCCCGCCCCAUAGGGAGCAGUUUGCCUCGAUUCACAGCAGAGGCCAGACCUGUGGACUCAGUGAAGCGACACCACUGUUCCCCUCCAUUCUGCUGAUUCCGCUUAGGCCUCGGGGCGCAGGGGUAGGAAGACAGGUCUGCUCCUCGUUAUCCUUCCAUUUGGUCUCCCCAACCCUUCAACUAUUUUCUACUGAAUUUUGCUUCUCGCUGGAAGAAGAGGGUAGUGAAGGAAAGAAUAAAGGAGGAAUAUCAAGAGAGGGGAGAGGAUGUUUAGAACAUUCCAGCUCAGGCAGGAGGGAUGGGAAAAAAGCCUGCAGUGAUAAACUGUUAACUGUUGUUACCUUUUGCUUCCUGAUAGUCACACCUCAGGUCUUUUGUUUGGGGAGCAAAGCCUUUCACAUAAAGACCAUAAAUACUGUCUUGCCAAAUGGUCAAGAGCCAUGUGAUGGAGACAGAGGUGGAUCUCUCUUUAUCCUAGUUGGGCUGAUGUGACCACCCUCCUAGAAUGUGGGAGAUGCCUACAAUUUCUUUCUAAAAUACCAGAUUAAAAUAAUAAUAAUAAUAAAAUACCAGAUUAUCUGCUGGAUAAAAACUCACUUCUGAAUUGAAAUUCAGUUGGCUCAGAGAUGACUAUCAAGCCAGUAUUGACCUCACUGUGUGGCCAGUGUGUGUGCCGUGUAUC